AGAGAAAGGGCGACGUGGGUUUCUCCUUACUCAGAAAUUUCUGUGAGAGCACCACCGGUUUUGAAGCUCUAAGCUGUAGUGAUGGUUUUCUGCUUGUUUUUCCUUCUGGGUGGCUAGAACUGGAAGAGAGAUGGGAGAAAAGGAAAUUCUUGAAGCAGAGGACAAUAUUGCCUUGCCACUUCUUCCACCUUUAACUGUUGCAGUGGCUAUUAGUGGUAGUGGACAAAGCAAUUCCAUUCUCAGAUGGGCACUGGAGACGUUCAUUCCCGAGGGGAGAAUUUUAUUCAAGUUGUUGCAUGUUCGCCCAAAAGUUUCUACAAUCCCUAGUCCCUUGGGUAACCUUCCUCUCUCUCAAGUACGAGAAAAUGUAGCAGCUGGAUACAUAAUGGAAGUGGAAAGAAAAACAAGUGAAAUGCUUCUUCCCUACAAGCAAAUGUGUACUAAAAGAAAGGUGCAAGUAGAUGUCGUGGUGAUUGAAGCAGAUGAUGUAGCACGUACAGUAUCUGGAGAGGUUGCCAAGUUCACCAUCAGCAAGCUUGUCAUAGGAGCUUCAUCCCAUAGCUUGUUCAGAAGGAAACUUAAGGGCCAAAAUAUAUCCUCAAGAAUCUCAGAAUGCACACCCAGAUUUUGUACAGUCUACGUUGUAUCAAAUGGAAAUUUGAAAUCUGUGCGUCCAUCAACUUCAGAGCCAAACAUCAGCACUAAAGGUGAAAGUGGUGAUACAAGUGAUUCUGACAACAGUUCAAGUUAUGGUUUCAGCUUACUAACAGAAUCAACUCCAAACCAUUCUAGAGGUCCAUCUGGGGAUACCAAUGAUGUGGAGGAUGUUAUGAGUUCAUAUUCCGGUGAUGGAGAUAUCCGAAAUGUUGUAAGUAGAUUUUCUAGUUAUGAAAGCUUUCAGACAGAUUAUGGAUCAUGUGUAUCUGCUUGUGCAUCCACUUCAGAAGCUCCAACUGACUUUGGUUCAUUAGGAGGGCAGGUUGAUAUUAACUUUGAGUUAGAAAGGCUGAGAAUUGAACUCAGACAUGCCAAAGGAAUGUAUGCAAUAGCUCAACAAGAGAAAGUCGAUGCAUCUCGGAAGCUAAAUGAUCUAAGUAAACGCUGGAAGGAAGAAGCAGUUAAGGUCAUGGAGGUCACCUCCAAGGAGGAGGAAGCUAGAGAAUUGGCAAGACAAGAGAAAAAGAAACAUGAAGCAGCGACGAAGGAAGCUGAGUACAUAAAAGAAUGUGCCGAAAGAGAAGCUUUACAAAGGAAGCAAUUUGAGAUUAAAGCCAACCAGGAUGCCAAAGAGAAAGAAAAGCUUGAGAAAGCCCUUACAAGUCCUGAUCAGCCAUAUGAAAUUUUCACAUGGGAAGAGAUUGUAUCAGCAACUUCAUCAUUCUCUGAUGAUCUUAGGAUUGGGAUGGGAGCAUAUGGUUCAGUUUACAAGUGUUGUUUGAAUUAUACAACCGCAGCUGUGAAAGUCCUUCACUCCAAAGAGAGUCAGUGGACCAAGCAAUUCCAACAGGAGAUUGAAGUCUUGAGCAAAAUCCGUCAUCCCCAUUUGCUUCUUCUUCUUGGAGCCUGUCCUGAUCAUGGCUGCCUAGUUUAUGAGUACAUGAAGCAUGGGAGCCUGGAUGAGAGGUUGCUUGGGAAAUAUAAUACACCCCCCAUCCCAUGGUUUGAUCGGUACCGAAUAGCUUGGGAAGUAGCCUCUGCCUUGAUUUUCCUACACAACUCAAAACCAAAACCAAUCAUCCAUUGUGAUCUGAAACCAGCAAACAUCUUGCUUGAUCAUAACUUUGUCAGCAAGAUAGGUGAUGUAGGCCUUUCCAUGUUGCUUCCUUCAGACCCUUCUUCAGUAGCUACCAUGUACAGGGAUUCAGGCCUUGUUGGGACUCUUUGCUACCUAGAUCCCGAGUAUCAACGGACUGGGUUGAUCUCACCCAAGUCCGAUGUUUAUGCGUUUGGAAUGGUGAUCUUGCAGUUGCUAACUGCAAAACCUGCCAUUGCAUUGACCCGCAUAGUGGAAAAGGCUAUAGAAGAUGGCCGCUUGAUGGACAUUUUGGAUUUGGAGGCUGGGGAGUGGCCAAUUGAAGAAACACAAGAAUUGGCUGUAUUGGGAUUGAGCUGCACAGAACUACGCCGCCGUGACAGACCUGAUUUGAAGACACAAGUCCUUCCUAUUUUGGAGAAAUUGAAAGAGAUUGCUGAUAAGGCCAGAGAUUUGGCACCCAGUGUCGGAUCAUCCCCUCCACAACAUUUCCUCUGCCCAAUAUUUCAAGAUGUAAUACAUGAUCCCUGUGUUGCUGCAGACGGCUACACGUAUGACCGCAAAGCAAUUGAGUCAUGGCUCAAAGACAAUGAUAACUCACCAAUGACUAAUUUACCUUUAGCCAAUAAGAAUCUUAUACCAAAUUAUUCUCUUCUUUCUGCAAUUAUGGAGUGGAAGUCCAGAAGGUAAUGGCACCUGACCCUCUCAAUUCAGCUGAACAUCCAUGGGCUCUCUCUGAUCUUCAAGAUAAUUUUUUUUU